AGCCCCGGGAGGCCGCUCCAGCCGCUGUCGACCAUAGAGAUGCGGCUCCCACAGGCCCAGGGUCUGGAGGACUACAAUCAUGACGAUGCUCCGUCGCAAGCCUUGCCGGUUACAAAACGCCUGUCCCCUUCGCUGGCCGUGAUCCAGCUCCCGCCCGACGAUGUGGACGCUGUCAUCACUUCCAUUUUACAGACAGGAAAACUGAGGCCCAAAGAAGCAAGACGACUGUGUCUGACCAAGGCCUCGCUGCGAGUCAGUCCAGAGGCAGGUUGGAACCUGGGUCCCUAAACCGGGGCUCGUUAUUUCCGCGGGCUGUCUCUGCCUUCAUCUAUUAUUUCUCUUCCUCAGGGCGCCUGCCCCAAAGCAUUUAAGAGAACUAAAUCCAUAAGUCGGGAGUGAUGGCAGACCCUGUGCUAGACUCACAGCCAGCCAACAGCACUGGGGAGAUGGAUGUACUGUGCCCUGAGCUAUUGCUGAUUCCCCCACCUCUCUCUAAUUGUGGAAUUCUGGGAUCUGUCCAGAGCUCUUGUUCUUCUGGAGACCCUGCACCUUUGCCUGCUGACCAAAGCUGCCUGCUGGUAGAGGCCACAGCAACUGAAGAGGGCCCAGGAAACAUGGAGAUCAUUGUGGAGACAGUAGCUGGAACCUUGUCCCCAGCUGCUCCUGGAGAGACCCCAGGUGUCCUGGUAAAGGUGGUGGAGGUGUACUUCUGUGAGCGUUGUGAACAAAGCUUCGCAGAGCCCACUCUGCUGGCACUGCACCAGUGCAGUGAGACCCAUGUACAGCCUGUGCAGGGCCUCUCUAGCACCCCAUGCUCUGCAGAGCUGCGCCCCAGCAACCUUACUCUCCCUGACUCACUGCAGGGCCAGAGCCCACCAGAUAGCCCCCUAUCAUGCCCUGUGUGUAGACAGGAGUUUGCCCAACCCCAGGCCCUGAAGAGCCACUUCAAGAUUCACCGGGUUGCUCCUGAUACCUUCUCCUGCCCAGAAUCUGGCUGUGUGUUCUCUGCUGAAGAUCGCAAGGGUCUGCAGCACCACCUGAAGCAGACCCACACAGCAGUACCUGUACCCUGUUCUUUCCGGGGCUGCCCUCUGCUUUUCGGGAGCCAGCAGGGCAUGGAGCUGCAUCGGCAGGCCCAUUACCCUUUCCACUGCAGCCAUUGCAGCUUCAUGGGCUCCAAUGUCAAACUCUUCCGGCAGCAUCAGCGGAGCCAUGAGGCCAGGAUGCAGGGAAAACUUAUUGCCGUUCAAGGUCUUCCAUCCCAGGAGCUGCUGCCAGCCCCCAAACUGGCUCCAGGAGAGGGUGCACCUUCACAGGAAGCAGGUACACCCUUGCCUGGGCAGGAAGCAGCUAACCAGGAGGACACAGAGGAAGAAGAGAAGAGUGACACCCAGAAGGACUCCCAGAAAGCCUUGGAUAAAAGCCAAAGGGUUCAGCAUCUGAAAGGGGAUAUGGCUUCUGGCACUGAGUCCCUCUUCAAGACACACAUGUGUCCAGAGUGCAAGCGCUGCUUUAAGAAGCGGACCCAUCUGGUGGAGCAUCUGCACCUCCACUUCCCAGACCCCAGCCUCCAGUGCCCCAACUGCCAGAAGUUCUUCACCAGUAAAAGCAAGCUCAAGACCCAUCUGCUGCGGGAGCUGGGUGAGAAGGCCCACCGCUGUCCGUUGUGCCACUACAGUGCAGUGGAGAGGAAUGCACUCAACCGCCACAUGGCCAGCAUGCAUGAGGAUAUUUCCAACUUCUACUCAGACACCUAUGCCUGUCCUGUCUGCCGGGAGGAAUUCCGCCUCAGCCAGGCCCUCAAGGAGCACCUCAAAAGUCAUACAGCAGCAGCUGCAACAGAACCACUACCCCUUCACUGCUUUCAGGAGGGCUGCAGCUAUGCUGCACCUGACCGCAAGGCCUUUGUAAAGCACCUGAAGGAGACCCACGGGGUGCGAGCUGUGGAGUGCCGCCAUCACUCAUGUCCCAUGCUGUUUGCCACAGCUGAAGCCAUGGAGGCCCACCGCAAGAGCCACUAUGCCUUCCAUUGCCCGCACUGUGACUUUGCCUGCUCCAACAAGCACCUGUUUCGUAAACACAAGAAGCAGGGCCACCCUGGCAGUGAAGAGCUGCGCUGCACUUUCUGCCCCUUUGCCACCUUUAACCCAGUGGCCUACCAGGACCACGUAGGCAAGAUGCAUGCUCAUGAGAAGAUCCACCAGUGCCCUGAGUGCAACUUUGCCACUGCCCACAAGAGGGUGCUCAUCCGACACAUGCUACUCCAUACUGGUGAGAAACCUCACAAGUGUGAACUGUGUGACUUCACAUGCCGAGACGUGAGCUACCUAUCUAAGCACAUGCUGACCCACUCUAACACGAAGGAUUACAUGUGCACUGAAUGUGGCUAUGUCACCAAGUGGAAACACUACCUCCGUGUGCACAUGCGAAAACAUGCAGGGGACCUCAGAUACCAGUGCAACCAGUGUUCCUAUCGCUGCCACCGGGCUGAUCAGCUAAGCAGCCACAAGCUGCGGCACCAGGGCAAAUCUCUGAUGUGUGAGGUGUGUGCCUUUGCCUGCAAACGGAAGUAUGAGCUGCAGAAGCACAUGGCUUCCCAGCACCAACCUGGCACGCCAGCCCCACUCUACCCCUGCCACUACUGCAGCUAUCAGAGCCGUCACAAGCAGGCCCUGCUGAGCCAUGAGAACUGCAAGCAUACCCACCUCCGUGAGUUCCACUGUGCCCUCUGUGACUACCGUACCUUCAGCAACACCACCCUCUUGUUCCACAAGCGCAAGGCCCAUGGUUAUGUGCCUGGGGACCAGGUCUGGCAGCUCCGCUAUGUCAACCAGGAGCCAGAGGGAUCCAGGCAGUGCCCAACACCCCCACCAGACUCUGAGUCCUCAAGCCACCUGUCUGCUCAGCCUGAAGGGCCGGGCCAUGCCCCUGGGAGUGUGGUGGACGCCAGCCUAGAUCAGACCCUUCCAGAGACAGGUGAGGAGGUCCACACUGGGAGACAGGAUAGCAAUGAGCCUCGCCAUGGGGAUGACCUGGUUGGCAGCCCCAGCCCAGCAGAAAUGGAAGAGGGCAGCUGCACACUACACCUAGAGGCCCUUGGAGUAGAGCUGGAACCUGUGACCGAGCCACCCCUUGAGGAGAUCACUGAAACAGCCCCUGUGGAGUUCAGGCCCCUGCCUCCCUCUGGACCCCUGGGACUGGAAGGGCCAGAUGGACUGGAAGGACCAGAGAUGUCCAGCUUGGAAGGUGUUGGGACUUCUGGCUUGGGUGCUGAAGAAAGUCCCAUUCUGGAGAAGGCAGUCCCUGAGCCCUCCAGAAAUCCUCCAUCCUUAGAAGAGGCCCCUAAUAACUGGGUGGGAACCUUCAAGGCAACUCCACCUGCUGAGACAGCACCUUUGCCCCCAUUCCCAGAGUCAGAGUCGUUACUCAAGGCCCUUAGGAGGCAGGACAAGGAGCAAGCGGAGGCAUUGGUGCUGGAGGGGCGGGUGCAGAUGGUAGUGAUCCAGGGAGAGGGACAAGCCUUCCGCUGCCCACAUUGCCCUUUUAUCACACGCCGGGAAAAGGCCCUGAAUUUGCACUCCAGGACUGGGUGCCAGAGCCGCCGAGAGCCCCUGCUGUGUCCCGAAUGUGGGGCUAGCUUCAAGCAACAACGUGGCCUCAGCACCCACCUGCUGAAGAAGUGCCCUGUUCUGCUCAGAAAGAACAAGGGCUUGUCCAGACCAGAUUCUCCCAUCCCUCUGCAGCUCCUGCUCCCAGGUACUCAUGCCUCAGAGGACGCAGAAGGUGGGAAGCCCCCACCUGCACCAUCAGAAGUCGAGCUGCUUCCAAAAGAUGCUCCCUUGGAGCUUCCCAGGGAGCCAGAAGAAACAGAGGUGCCUCUUGCCACACUCUCUGGCUCCCCAGUCCCUCCUACAGGAAACUCCUCACCCGCAGAGGCCCCUGAGAAAUACCACUUUGAGCACGGCAAGUUUCACUGCAACUCAUGCACAUUCCUUUGUUCCCGGCUCUCCUCUAUCACCUCUCACGUGGCUGAAGGCUGCCGGAGGGGGCGUGGCGGGCAAGGAAAGCGAAGGGCCCCCCAGACCCAGCCUGUGAUGUCCCCCUUGAUCAGUGGGGACUCUGCUCCCCUGGACAGUGGGGGUGCAGAGGCCCGCUCUGGUGAUGGGGACACAGCUCUGGUUCAAAAGCAGAAGGGAGCUCGCUUCUCCUGCCCCACAUGUCCCUUUAGCUGCCAGCAGGAGCGGGCUCUGAGAACUCACCAGACCCGAGGCUGCCCCCUUGAGGACUCUGGGGAGCUGCACUGUGGCCUCUGCCCAUUCACUGCUCCUGCUGCCGCUGCUCUGAGGCUCCACCAGAAGCUGAGGCACCCCACCGUGGCCUCGGCUCGUGGCCCCCGGCCCCACCUGCAGUGUGGGGACUGUGGCUUCACCUGUAAACAGAGCCGUUGCAUGCAGCAGCACCGGCGGCUCAAGCAUGAGGGCGUGAAGCCACACCAGUGCCCUUUCUGUGACUUUUCCACCACCAGACGGUACCGGUUGGAGGCCCACCAGUCCCGACACACGGGUGUGGGCCGCAUCCCCUGCAGCUCUUGCCCCCAGACAUUUGGUACCAACUCAAAACUGCGCUUGCACCAGCUAAGAGUACAUGACAAAACACCCACUCACUUCUGUCCGCUUUGUGACUACAGUGGCUAUCUCCGCCAUGACAUUACUCGCCACGUCAACAGCUGCCACCGAGGUACCCCAGCCUUUGCCUGCUCCCAGUGUGAGGCCCAGUUCAGCUCAGAGACAGCACUCAAGCAGCAUGCUCUGCGCCGACACCCCGAGCCUACACACCCUGCCCCUAGUUCUCCUACGGAGACCACUGAGGGCCCCCUGCACUGCUCCCGCUGUGGGUUGCUGUUCCCCAGCCCCGCAAGCCUACGAGGACAUACUCGUAAACAACACCCACGGCUCGAGUGCGGGGCCUGCCAGGAGGCCUUCCCUAGCCGACCAGCACUAGAUGAGCACCGGAGGCAGCAGCAUUUCAGCCACCGCUGCCAGCUCUGUGACUUUGCUGCCCGGGAGCGGGUGGGUCUGGUGAAGCACUACCUGGAACAGCAUGAGGAGACUUCAGCAGGGGCGGCAGCCUCCAAUGGGGAUGGGGAUACUGGCCAGCCCCCUCUGCGCUGUCCCUUUUGUGACUUUGUGUGCCGUCAUCAGUUGGUACUAGAUCACCACGUGAAAGGGCACGGGGGCACCCGUCUCUACAAGUGUACCGACUGUGCUUACAGCACCAAAAACCGGCAGAAGAUCACCUGGCACAGCCGCAUCCACACUGGGGAAAAGCCUUACCACUGUCACCUCUGCUCCUAUGCCUGUGCUGACCCAUCUCGCCUCAAGUACCACAUGCGGAUUCACAAGGAGGAACGGAAGUACCUGUGCCCUGAGUGUGGUUACAAGUGCAAGUGGGUCAACCAGCUCAAAUACCACAUGACCAAGCACACAGGACUGAAGCCAUACCAGUGUCCCGAGUGUGAGUACUGCACCAACCGGGCUGAUGCACUACGUGUGCACCAGGAGACACGGCACCGGGAAGCCCGGGCCUUCAUGUGUGAGCAGUGCGGCAAGGCCUUCAAGACGCGCUUUCUGCUGCGCACCCAUCUUCGCAAGCACAGUGAGGCCAAACCCUACGUGUGCAACGUGUGCCACCGUGCUUUCCGCUGGGCUGCCGGCCUGCGCCACCACGCCCUUACCCACACUGACCGCCAUCCCUUUUUCUGCCGCCUCUGCAGCUACAAGGCCAAGCAGAAAUUCCAAGUGGUCAAGCAUGUGCGUAGGCACCACCCUGACCAGGCCGACCCAAACCAAGGUGUGGGCAAAGACCCUACCACUCCCACAGUGCACCUGCAUGAUGUACAGCUAGAGGAUCCCAGUCCUCCUGCCCCUGCUGCUCCCCCAACUGGACCUGAAGGCUGAGAGCCUACUCCGCCUCCAGGACAGAAAGAAGAUGUGCUCUGAGAUGUGCAGGCCGGAACCAGUGCUAGCCUGAGGAGCUCAGGGUCUAAGGAAGGGCCGAAAGAAGGACUGUUUGGGGGCAUCAGGGUGACUAGAGCCCUCUUGGGACUGUGGUUAUAGUACAUUGAAAUUAUUGGCUAUAUAAAAGAGGGACAUGGACUACAACACUGAUUUCUUGUUGAGGCACAUUAUUUUUAACCUGUGAGUUCCCAGUUUCUUCACCAUCUGUCAGAAUUCCUGGCUAUAAGAUCUUGAUUUUACCCACACCAUUUUCUCUUUCCUUCUUACUUUGUCAAGUCCUGUUUUCUUUCAAAACCUUCAAAACAGUUGUAACUAACUGCAUGUACUAUUUUGCCUAAUGCUCUAUAAAGCAUGUUAAACAGAA